UGGAGCCCAAUUUCACAGUCUCAAGCCCAAUUACAUCAAUAGGCAUGGAUCCAAGCCCAAGUCCAUCAAUUGUUCUCUUAAACCCUACGCUAAUCGGAGCUAGCAAAGCAACACUGUAACAGAAAAUGAAAUUUACAGACUCACCGACGAUUGAUCUUCCGAUACGAGACAAGAUUCUCUCUAUCCAACAAGACAAUGGCUCCAUGCAUGUCGGCACCUCCGUUUGGCCCUGCUCUCUUGUUCUCGCCAAAUUCGCCGAACGCUGGACCCCACCUAUCACCGGUUCAUCCACCACAAACCGUUAUUCCGCCCUGCUCGACUUCCACUCCAAGCCCCGCCGCGCAAUCGAGGUCGGCGUUGGCUGCGGAGCUGCUAGCAUGGCUUUUUACCUACUAGGUCUUUCUGAUAUUAUCCUCACCGACAUUGCUCCGGUCAUGCCAGCAUUGAAGCACAACCUCAAGCGGAAUAAACAAGUCCUAGGAAAGAUGUUGAAGACCUCGAUCCUCUAUUGGAACAAUCAGGAUCAAAUCAAGGCCUUGAAUCCGCCGUUUGAUAUUGUGAUUGCAGCGGAUGUAGUUUAUAUUGAGGAGUCCGUAGGGCACCUCGUAGGAGCUAUGCAAGCGCUGGUGGCGGAUGAUGGAGUCAUUUUGUUAGGGUAUCAAGUGAGGUCGCCGGAGGCGGAUAAGAAGUUUUGGGAAAUUUGUGGAGAUGUUUUUGAGAUCGAGAAGGUUCCGCAUGAGGAUUUGCAUCCAGAUUAUGCAUAUGAAGAGACUGAUGUGUAUGUAUUUCGCAAGAAGAAGACGUAGCUAUACAUAUUUUGGUAAUUCUUGUGCUUGUUUCCAUUUGUACCUUUUCCUUGUUGACGUAUUAUAGUUGGAGAAGCGAGCAUCUGAAUUUGAUGUUGUUGUGAUUCUAUAGUUGAUUACUCUUGAAACUAUAUGCGAACAUUGUAAAAAGUUUUGUUCUUGAAAAAUAAUUAUAUUUCUAUUGUUGAUCAA